UGAUGCGGAAUCGCCCCGCUAGGGUUUAUACUUCGCCCUUUUCCCCUCGUCACUGCCAUGAAACCCUAAUUCUCUAUUUGCUUUCGUGAAUUGGUCCAUCUCGGCCUCUCGAUCGAUCUCAGUCCUCGAUCCGGUCACCAUGCCGAAGGUCCUCGGCACCGGUACCUUCGACUUCCGGCGGCACCGGGUGGCGGAGUAUUUCGUCGAGACGGGCCAGGAGGCGGCGGCGGAGCCUCUGCCCGAGAAGCCCCCGGAGCAGCGGCCGGCCGCUGGGCUUUCCAGCUCCAUCACCCUGCUCGAAAUCCAGCGUGACCGGCUAACCAAGACCGCCGCGGACAACUGGCUGAAGACCGCCGGUGGCGGGGCUCAUUCGCGGGAGUUCGAUCCCGAGCUGGUGAAGGAGAUUUAUGAGACAGAGCUUCUUGCGUCGGGCGGCGGUCGGAAGACGGCCCCCCUACAUAGGGUCAUGAUCCUGGAGGUGAGCCAGUACUUGGAGAACUAUCUGUGGCCUAACUUCGAUCCGGAUUCUGCGACGUUUGAGCACGUCAUGUCGAUGAUCUUAAUGGUCAAUGAGAAGUUCCGGGAAAAUGUGGCUGCAUGGAUUUGUUUUCACGACCGGAAGGAUGCAUUCAGAGGAUUCUUGCGGAGGGUUCUUCUAUUAAAGGAACAGGGAAGAGCCUUAAGUAUCGCAGAGAAGACAAAUUACUUGCUUUUCAUGAUUAAUGCUUUUCAGAGUCUGGAGGAUGAGAUUGUUAGUGAAACUAUUCUUAAGUUAGUCAGCUUGCAGUUGUGGCACAGCUUAUCUCUUGGUAGAUUUCAGAUCGAGUUAUGCCUUAACCCCCAUUUAAUCAAGAAGUGGAAAAAAAUGACCAAGAAAGAAGCCAAGGAAGCCAAGAAAGGAGGCCAGCCAUUUGACCCAUCAAAAGUACUUGAAGUACGGUUUCUUAGAAACUUGAUAGAAGAAUUUUUGGAGAUUCUCGAUUCAAAGGUUAUACAUCAAAAUCUGAGUGGUCAUGAAGUCAGCGAUUCUUAUGAUAAGCUGGUUGAUGAAUCCUCUGUUUUAUACUGUGAGAGAUUUAUGGAAUUCUUGAUUGAUCUGUUGAGCCAACUGCCUACAAGAAGGUUCUUGAAGCCUGUUGUUUCCGAUGCUGCUGUUGUUCCCAAAUGCCACUUAAGUGCACUAUACACUCAUGAAAAGGGGCGACUUUUCGCACAGCUGGUAGACUUGCUACAAUUUUAUGAAUGCUUUGAGAUUGAUGACCACAUUGGGAUGCAACUCAGUGAUGAUGAUGUACUACUUGCUCACUACUCACGCCUGCAAGCGUUCCAACUAUUAGCAUUCAAACAGAUCCCUAAGUUGCAAGAUUUUGCACUCUGCAAUAUUGGUGCAAUUCAGAAGCGUGCUGAUCUUAGAAAGAAGUUAUCUGUCUUGUCUGAUGAGGAACUACAAGACUUGGUUUGUGAUAAGCUCAAGUUGGUUUCAAGAGAUGAUACAUGGGCUAAUCGGUCUGAUUUCCUUGUUGAAGUACUUGUUUCUUUCUUUGAGAAACGUCAGUCCCAGAAGGAUGCCAUAAAUGCACUUCCUCUCUAUCCAAACGAGCAGAUAAUGUGGGAUGAGAGCCUCGUUCCAAGUAUUAAUUAUUCUGGAGAAGGAUGCCUAGCUCUUCCUAAGCUAAACCUGCAAUUUCUGACACUACAUGAUUAUCUAUUGAGAAACUUUAAUCUUUUCCGUCUAGAAUCUACAUAUGAAAUACGUGAAGAUAUCCAAGAAGCUGUUCCUCAUCUUCUAGCUUAUAUCAAUAGGGAGGGGGAAACAGCAUUUGGUGGGUGGUCGAGAAUGGGUGUUCCAAUCAAGCAGUUCAGAAUCACAGAAGUUAAACAACCAAAUAUCGGGGAAGUCAAACCAUCAUCUGUUGUAGCUGAAGUUACUUAUAGCAUUUCGAGUUACAGAUCACAUAUCAGAUCAGAAUGGGAUGCUCUUAAAGAACAUGAUGUCUUGUUUUUAUUAUCAAUUCGUCCAUCUUUUGAACCUCUUAGUCAAGAGGAAGCUGCCAAGUCCUCUGUUCCACAGAGGCUUGGUCUUCAAUAUGUACGUGGAUGUGAAGUAAUUGAAAUCCGUGAUGAGGAUGGUGUGCUCAUGAAUGAUUUCACUGGUAGAAUAAAAAGAGAUGAAUGGAAGCCACCUAAGGGUGAGCUUCGCACAGUAACAGUUGCCCUAGACACAGCACAGUACCACAUGGAUGUUGCUGACAUUGCUGAAAAAGGCACAGAAGAUGUCUAUGGCACCUUUAACAUUUUAAUGAGGAGGAAGCCUAAAGAGAAUAACUUCAAGGCAAUUUUAGACUCCAUAAGAGACCUUAUGAAUGAGUCAUGCAUUGUACCUGAUUGGUUGCAUAAUAUUUUUUUGGGUUAUGGCAAUCCUUCUGCUGCACAGUGGAUUAACAUGCCUGAUCUUUUGGAAGCGGUAGAUUUUAAAGACACUUUUCUUGAUGCCAACCAUUUGAGAGACAGCUUUCCAGAUUUUCAGGUUUGCUUCAUUAAGCCAGAUGGUUCAGAUGAUUUACAUUCGAGUCCUCCCUUCCGGAUUAGACUUCCAAAAACAAUGAAAAGUAGUACUCAUGCUCUUCCGGGCAAUGAGAAGAUCAGUAACAUUACCACUUCAAAUGGUGAUGAGAUGGCUCAGUAUGGUUCUGAGAAGGAAAAGAUUUUUGUUGAGGCAUAUGUUCCUCUUGAUCCUGGUCCUUAUCCUCAAGACCAGCCAAAGCAAAACUCAGUCAGAUUUACACCAACCCAGAUUGGAGCAAUAAUUUCAGGCAUCCAGCCUGGGUUGACAAUGGUUGUUGGUCCACCUGGUACUGGAAAAACAGAUACUGCAGUGCAAAUUCUGAAUGUUCUUUAUCACAACUGUCCUUCACAGAGAACAUUAAUUAUCACUCACUCUAAUCAGGCUUUAAAUGAUCUUUUUGAGAAGAUAAUGCAGAGAGAUGUACCUGCUAGAUACCUUCUUCGUCUGGGUCAAGGUGAACAAGAGUUGGCAACUGAUCUUGAUUUUAGUCGCCAAGGUCGUGUCAAUGCUAUGCUUGUGCGACGAUUAGAGCUUCUUGGUGAAGUGGAGAGACUUGCAAGAUCUCUUCAGCUCCCUGAAGAUGUAGGGUACACUUGCGAAACUGCUGGAUAUUUUUGGUUGCUGCAUGUUUACUCACGUUGGGAGCAGUUCUUAGCUGCUUGUGCUCAGAACAAAGAUAAACCAUCAUUUAUUAAGGAUCGGUUUCCAUUUAUGGAAUUCUUUUCAAAUACUCCACAACCAGUUUUUACAGGUGAAUCCUUUGAGAAAGACAUGCGAGCUGCAAAAGGUUGCUUCUGCCAUCUAUCAACUAUGUUCCAGGAGCUUGAAGAGUGCAGGGCUUUUGAGUUACUCAAGUCUACAGCUGAUCGAGCAAAUUAUCUGAUGACCAAGCAGGCCAAGGUUGUUGCUAUGACCUGUACUCAUGCAGCAUUAAAGAGGAAGGAUUUCCUUCAAUUGGGCUUUAAGUAUGACAACUUGCUGAUGGAAGAAAGUGCGCAGAUAUUAGAGAUAGAGACCUUUAUACCAAUGUUGCUUCAAAGGCAGGAAGACGGUUAUGCUCGGCUUAAGCGCUGCAUAUUGAUUGGUGACCAUCACCAGUUGCCUCCUGUUGUGAAAAACAUGGCCUUUCAAAAGUACAGCCACAUGGAUCAAAGUUUGUUCAUGAGAUUUGUUCGCUUAUGUGUUCCUUACAUUGAGCUUAACGCUCAAGGUAGAGCUCGACCGAGUAUAGCAAAACUUUACAACUGGAGAUACAGAGAUCUUGGUGAUCUUCCCUAUGUCCGUGAGGAGGUUAUGUUUCAAAAAGCUAAUGCUGGAUUUGCUUAUGAAUAUCAACUAAUAGAUGUUCCUGAUUACCUUGGGAAAGGUGAAACUGCUCCUUCUCCAUGGUUCUAUCAGAACGAAGGGGAGGCCGAGUAUAUUGUUAGCGUUUAUAUUUACAUGCGUCUGCUUGGAUACCCAGCCAGCAAGAUUUCUAUAUUGACCACAUACAAUGGCCAAAAGCUUCUGAUUCGUGAUGUUGUCAAUAGGAGAUGCAUGACAUCUGGAAUCGGCCCACCUAGCAAGGUUACAACAGUUGAUAAAUUUCAAGGUCAGCAAAAUGAUUUCAUUUUAUUGUCUCUUGUCCGCACACGAUUUGUCGGUCACCUCCGUGAUGUUAGGAGAUUAGUCGUUGCAAUGUCACGAGCACGUCUAGGGCUGUAUGUUUUUUGCCGGCGUGCUCUGUUCGAACAAUGCUAUGAGUUGCAGCCAACUUUUCAACUUUUACUUCAGAGGCCUGAUAAGCUGGGCCUGAAUCUUGAAGAGACCAGUCCUUUCACAGAGCGUCUCAUGGGAGAAACAGGGAGGAUUCAGUUUAUUGGUGGUGUUGAGGAGAUGGAUGGCUUGGUUAACUUUAGGAUUCAUCAGCUCUAUCAGGCACAGCUCAUCAGUCAAUAUGGUGCACACCAAGAGUCGGUGCCCAGUGCAAAUGGGGCUCAGGAUUCGACUUCGGAGAACCAGUCCGAGGAUACAGAUAUGCCCACUGCAAACGGUGAUGCUGACAAUGAAACAUUUGAGGAUAAUACGACAGGUGAAGAUCAGAUGGAGUGAAUCAUAGCAUUCGGAGGCAGCUUGCAGGUCACACAACCUCUUGCAUAGGCACUAUGCUGACCAUUUCGGCCCUGUUUCUUGUUGCAUGACAUGAAGGGUCAACUGGCAUAUUGAGUACCACAAUCUGGUUGCAAACAUUUGUGGUGAUUUUCCUGGAAAUUUUUGGCCAUUCAGAGUUUUGAAUACGAUACCUAUCUGAAGAAAACAUGUAGAAUUAUUCGACAGUGUCAUGAGAUGUAGCUUGUUAGAGAACUGGGUAAUUGUACAGGAGCAUGCCAACAAGAGGGUACUUGUUCUUCAGCCUUGAAUGUAAACUGUCUGCGACUAAUUUAUCGAGGUAUCACUCUAAUCCAUUAGCGAUAAGAGAUCCAUGUAAUCGAUCUUAAAUAGUUGAGAUGUACGAUUUUAUUGUUGUUUGUUGUUCUAAGCUAAUCUUAAUUACCUUAAAUCAAUUUGGUUCCA